CCCCUUUUCUCACACAAGAACAACUAAAAAAGAUGUCUUACACCCAAUUCUCAGUUCUUCUUCUCCUAGCAGCUCUUCUCUGCUCAUUCGCAGAAGCUCGAGAGCCUUUCGCAUGCGACCCACGAAAUGGGGUCACCAGAAACUUGCCUUUCUGUAGAGCAUCUCUGCCAAUCCAAGAGAGAGCCAGAGACCUAGUUGGAAGGUUGACAUUGCAGGAGAAGAUAAGGCUGCUGGUGAACAAUGCCAUAGACGUGCCCAGGCUGGGGAUUAAGGGAUACGAGUGGUGGUCGGAGGCUCUUCAUGGGGUCUCCAACGUGGGUCCCGGCACCAAGUUCGGCGGCAGCUUCCCCGGCGCCACCAGCUUCCCUCAGGUCAUCACCACCGCCGCUUCCUUCAACGCUUCUCUCUGGGAAGAGAUCGGACGGGUGGUGUCCGAUGAAGCAAGAGCAAUGUACAAUGGUGGAAUGGCUGGUCUUACGUAUUGGAGCCCGAACGUGAACAUAUUCAGAGACCCCAGAUGGGGCCGAGGGCAGGAGACUCCAGGCGAAGACCCCGCCGUGGCCGCAAAGUAUGCAGCGGCGUACGUAAGAGGCCUCCAAGGCAAUGCCCGAGACAGAUUGAAGGUAGCCGCAUGUUGUAAGCACUACACCGCCUACGACCUUGAUCACUGGGGCGGCAUCGAUCGAUUCCAUUUCAACGCCAGAGUUAGCAAGCAGGACUUGGAGGACACGUAUGAUGUUCCGUUCAAGGCGUGCGUGGUGGAGGGGAAUGUUGCCAGUGUGAUGUGCUCGUACAAUCAGGUGAACGGGAAGCCCACAUGCGCUGAUCCUCAUCUCCUCCGCGACACCAUCCGCGGCGACUGGAAACUCAAUGGAUACAUAGUCUCGGACUGUGACUCGGUCGGGGUCUUCUACGAUGAACAACACUACACUGCAACACCUGAGGAAGCUGCUGCUGUUGCCAUUAAAGCUGGUUUGGAUUUGGACUGUGGGCCGUUUCUUGCGAUCCACACAGAGGCGGCCAUAAGGGGAGGGAAGCUGACCGAGGCCGAUGUAAAUGGGGCCUUAAUAAAUACAAUUUCGGUCCAGAUGAGAUUGGGAAUGUUUGAUGGGGAGCCUUCGGCCCAGCCCUACGGGAAUCUUGGCCCAAGGGAUGUUUGCACUCCGGCCCACCAGCAGUUGGCCCUUGAGGCGGCCCGACAAGGCAUUGUUCUGCUUCAGAAUCGUGGGCCAGCCCUGCCACUGUCCACGAGCCGUCACCGGACUAUUGCUGUUAUUGGGCCCAAUUCUGAUGUUACCGAAACCAUGAUUGGGAACUAUGCCGGUGUUGCAUGUGGUUACACAACUCCCCUGCAGGGAAUUGGGAGAUAUGCAAGGACAAUUCACCAGGCAGGUUGCUCGGGCGUUGCCUGUAGAGAUGACCAGCUAUUCGGAGCGGCGGUGGCUGCUGCUCGGCAGGCUGAUGCGACAGUCCUAGUGAUGGGGUUGGACCAAUCCAUUGAAGCAGAAUUCAGAGACAGGGUGGACAUCCUCUUGCCUGGCCGCCAACAGGAGCUCGUAUCAAAGGUAGCCAUGGCCUCCAGAGGCCCAACCGUGCUGGUCUUGAUGUCUGGUGGCCCUAUUGAUGUGUCGUUCGCUAAGAACGAUCCCCGCAUUGCAGCAAUCAUCUGGGUGGGUUAUCCUGGCCAAGCCGGAGGAACUGCCAUUGCUGAUGUUUUGUUUGGAAGAACCAAUCCAGGAGGGAAGCUGCCUGUAACAUGGUACCCGCAGAGCUACCUACGAAAGGUGCCAAUGACGAACAUGGCGAUGAGGGCAAUCCCUUCAAGAGGGUACCCUGGGAGGACCUACCGUUUCUACAAUGGCCCAGUGGUGUUCCCCUUUGGACAUGGCUUGAGUUACUCCACUUUUGCCCACUCUUUAGCCCAAGCUCCGACCACCGUUUCAGUCUCCCUCGCCAGCCUUCAAACCAUCAAGAACUCAACCAUAGUGAGCAGCGCAGCAGUCAGGGUCAGCCACGCCAACUGCAACACACAGCCACUGGGCUUGCACAUUGAUGUGAAGAACACUGGGACCAUGGAUGGGUCUCACACACUUCUCCUCUUCUCCACUCCACCCCCUGGAACAUGGUCUCCAAACAAGCGGUUACUGGCUUUUGAGAAAGUUCAUGUGGCGGCAGGGUCUCAGGAGAGGGUGAGAUUUGAUGUUCAUGUCUGCAAACACCUCUCUGUAGUAGACCACUUUGGAAUUCAUAGAAUUCCAAUGGGUGAACACCAUUUUCACAUUGGAGACCUCAAGCAUUCCAUCUCCCUCCAAGCAACUUUGGAGGAGAUCAAAUCCAAGUAAAUACCAGGAACUGAUCAUCACCAUACCAAUUAAAAAAAAAUAAAGGAAAAUUAAGGAGAAGAAGCCAUAAUGGCAUAUCUCUAUAUAUCAGUAGGAGAUGAAAAAGACUCAAAAGAGUCCCACUACAAAUGUAAAAAUGACGAGAUCAAGUUCUCAGGCACUAAAACCAAAGCCAAAAGACAAUUAAUACAAUAGGGAUUGAGUGGAAUUUAGACAAAAUUAGUGAGUGAAAGCAAUAAAUUAUGCUAGAAACUAGCUUAAACCCAGUCUUUUUCUCUUGUACCUUGCCUCCCAAAUGUCCAGUAUCCUUGUGUAUUGCUCCAAAAUGGGCUGUAAAAUAAACUCUUGAUUACAGUUUCUAUGCAGAUUUGUUGAUCCUCUUAUGGGCUCCCUACUAA